CGCGGUUCGCGGUUCGCGGUCCGCGAGCGCAGAGUGAGGAGGGCGCCGAUCCCACGCCCCACGCUCCAAUUUAAUUGAUUUGUCGCGGUGGUGAAGGGGUGGGUGAAGGGAGCGAAGGAAGUUCGCCAGCACAGGCUUACUCUGCAUACCGCUCGUUUACGAAGAUUGCCGUGGCUUGUUCGUCAUGAAGUGACUUUAGAGUUAGUGGUUACUAGCAGUCUUCCUUGCAUCAUCCUAAGCAUUAACGUUUUAGACGUUCCCAUCACAUUUACCCAUUGAUCGGAAGAAAACAGAACGAUGAGUGACGAUCGAGAGAAUCAGGACAGUGCAACGGCUGGAGAUAGUCUCCUCAAGCCCGACGAGAGCAAGGAAAAUGUCGCUGAAGUUGAAAUCUCAGAGAGCCAAGCUUUGGCAAGUCCAGGCAGUAAGGCUGAAGUGAAGUAUGUAAACUCUGGUUCCCAAAAUGGGGAUGCUAAGAUCGAUAUUGAAACUGUUCGCCAAGCCUUUGUGGGAAUGGGAAAGGAGGAGCUGAUGCGGUUUGCCAAUGAUCCCUUCUGGGUACGAACACGAUGGAUUUUGUUUUCUCUCUUCUGGCUGUUGUGGCUGGCGAUGCUUGUAGGAGCUAUUGCCAUUAUUGUACUGGCGCCAAGAUGUGCUGUUCAGAAGAAGGCCCAAUGGUGGGAAAGGAGUCCUUUGUAUGAAGUUAAUGUUCGCUCAUUCAAAGAUGGGUCUCGUAUGGCCGAUGGUAUCGGUGAUCUUCAAGGAAUGCACAGCAAACUAGACUACAUCAAAGACCUUGGAGUGAGCGGUGUCAUUUUGUCCUCUAUCUUUGCGACUUCUCCAUCAACGUCUCCAGAAUCUGUCACAGAUUUCAAGGCUGUUCAUCCUGAUAUAGGAACAAUGGAUGAGUUGAAGGAGCUUUUAACUGAUAUGAAAGCUAGAGAUCUUCGUUUGGUUUUGGAUCUAGUACCUAACCACUCAGGCAAAGACCACAAAUGGUUCCAAGACUCUGUAAAGAAAAUAGCUCCCUACAAGGACUACUACAUUUGGUCGGCUGGGAAGGGUGGACCUAAUCAGCCUCCUAACAACUGGCAAAGUGUCAAGGGGGGAUCUGCUUGGGAGUGGAAUGAUGUGAGAAAUGAGUUCUACUUGCAUCAAUUUGAAUCUGGACAACCUGACCUUAACUUCCGUAAUCCUAAGGUCAAAGAAGAAUUCAAUGCCAUUCUGAAAUUUUGGCUGGCUCUUGGAGUGGAUGGUUUCCAACUCAGGAAAACUGCAUUCCUAUUUGAGGAUGAGAAGCUUCAAGGUGAGCCGCCAGGAUCUAAGCCAGGCACCACUCAUGACAGCUACGAAUUCUAUGAUCACAAGUACACGUCACACCUCUACGAUUCUUUCAAGUUGGUUGAACAGUUUAGAUCUGUUGUCAGCAAUACAAGUGAGGACAAAAUUUUACUGAUACGAGAUGAGUUCCCUAUUUUUAACUUCCCACACAACGGAGAAGCAGAUAACAGUACAGCUGCAGCUGGAGACCUCCUUCAAACGCCAAACAUUUUGGCAAAUUUGCAAAAUAUCAGCGCUGCUGAUUUAAACAAAAGAAUCUUCAGUGCUAUUGAUCGAUCUCCAAGUCACAAGCCAGUGUGGGCUCUAGGUGAUACAGGAAGCCAACGUUUGGCAUCAAGGUUUUCACCAGGCUUGGCUGAUGCUAUGAUGAUGGUAUCAUUACUGCUUCCUGGAACACCCAUAACUCUCUAUGGUGAUGAGCUAGGGCUAAAAGAUGUACAAAAUCCUGGCCAGGAGGCUCUAGGCCCUAUGCCCUGGGAUUCCUCAACUCAUGGUGGAUUCACGUCUGAUACCAUUCAACCGUGGAUUCCCAUAGGCAAUUCUGUGGGCAUAAAUGUUGCUGCUCAAAAUCUAACAGAAGAGAGUCGCCUUAAAACAUUUAAGGAGCUUGUUUUAACUAGGAAGACUAUGGUUGCUGUUUUGCUUGGCAAAACCAAUAUAUCUGUUCUUAAUGCCACUAAGGCAGAUGGCAGUACUGUAAGAAAUUCUAUUCUUGCAUUCACUCGCACUAAGAGUGGGAACCCAGGAGUUCUUGUUGCUGUCAAUCCCACAAAAGAAAAAUUAACAGUAAAUUUUGAAGGCAUUCUGGGAGAUACAGUGAAAGAAUUGACUGUUCAUGUAAAAAGCUAUGGCUUUUCUAAUGACGAUCUCAAAGUGAAGGGUAAAACUCAAGCUGACGCUGUUUCACUUUCACCUGAAGCUGGUGUGACAUUUACAUUUGUCUACAACCGUGAAGAAGAGUGAUAUGCUGUGUGUCCUUUAGCUUUUGACUGUGGCUUAAUUACCACAAUAAUGUGCUUGCCUUACUUAGUUUUAGAAACUACACUUAUGUAGUGUGAAUGCUUAUGCUAUGCAUCAAUCGCGUGAUAAUGAGCAUGAUUAUGAAAUAUUGUAAUCUUAUGUGUCAUCCUUUUACUAAAGUUGGUAUGACCACUGCCAAUAUUCUUUUUAAGUUCUAUCCAAACUGUAAUCUCAAUCAGUCCUAUUUGACUAUUCAGUCCAUAACAGUAUUUAUUUCAGCUAGUUUUUGCCAAAUUUUUGGAGAAUAAUCUCAAGUUUUUACAAUUUUACUUAUUUGAAAAUUUGGGUUAACUAUUUGGCUUAUAUAUGCGCUCAGUAUUAAAAAUGCGCCUAUGAGUUAAAAUUAUUAUUACUCAAUAUUUAUUAUUUCAGUGGACAUUUAAAAAAGAAAAAGAAAAAAUUAGGUUGUGACUUGUUUUGAAAAGUGUUUGUACUGAUUUAUGUGACAAAUACAAUAAUAGCUUCUUGACAAUGAUA